AAUAUAUAAAAAAAUGAAAUGAGUCAGCUGUGAAAUAUGGGCGCAGGCGGUAGUAGAAAUGCAGUCGCCAGUAAUUUAAAGCAUUGUACGUUAUGGAAAACUGACCGCAGUCCACCGUGCCGAGCAGUGAUGAUGGCUCUGGACGCCAUGAACCUGAGCAUCACAGAAGUCGACUUAAAUAUGGAUAAGGGCGAGCACAGAACUCCAGAAAUGGUUACUAUGAAUCCCCUUCAAACACUGCCAAUAUUUAAAGACAGAGAAUUAGUUUUAUAUGACAGCCAAGCUAUAACUACCUACCUGGCAUCGAGAUAUAAUAACUGCGGCCGACUACUACCCCUGGACCCUGGAGGUCGAGCUAUUGUUGACCAGCUACUGCAUUUCAAUAGCGGCAUCUUAUACCCACUAUAUCGUUCUGCAGCACAUCCAAUUUUAUAUGACAACUGCAAUUUUGUGAUGCCGCAACAAGUUUGUAAUAUACAAUGUGCGUACCGUGACUUGGAAUGCAUGCUAGUUGGACGGACGUGGCUCGGAGGCAGCUGGCCUACACUUGGGGACAUAUCCAUUGCCGCCACAAUCAGCACCCUACAGAUCUUAGUUCCGAUAGAUAAACUGAAAUAUCCCCGAUUAUCUUCCUGGCUGUACCGGAUGUCUGAAGAACUAUUUUACAUCACAGCCAACAAAAAGGGUCUCGGAGAAUUUUCGAGAAGAAUAGAUUCCGGCUGUGUUUGUGAUGAAAGAGAGUUCAAGUGUCCGCGAAGUUCAAUAGGAAGACGCUCAGGUGCAGUCGGCGGCAAGAACGAGGAUAUAUAACCAAUAGAAAAUAUUUUUCAUUCAUACUUUCUUUUACAAAUAAAAGUGUAACAAA